AUGAGCCAAGGAAACAACUCUUCGUGUUCAUCAUCAAACAUACCUAGAACUGCUCGUGAUAAAUUCUUUAAAGAUAUUCAAUAUCAAAAAGAAAAAAAGAGAUGGUCAGCUGAAUGCUUAUUAUGUGAAAAACCAAAAAGAGUUUUUGAUAACAUAGGUGUUACUUCCAAUUUUACUCGACAUGUUCGAGAACAUCAUAAAGAAGCAUUUGACAUAUGGUUACAUGAAUUAAAAGAAUUAAAAGGCACAUCUGCAAAAAAUCAAACGAAUAAAAUUACAAAACAUUUUCAAAAAAUACUUACAACACAAGGUUCAACAUAUAAUACAAAUCAUCCACGACAAGCUGAAUUAUCAAUGGCCAUCGUGAAUGAUUUAAUUAUUAAAUUAGGUCUGCCUUUAUCAAUUGUAGAACGACCAGCCUUUAUUAAUUUCAUGAAAACGGUAGAUCCUAAAUUUAGCAUGAUAAGUCGUCGAACUUUGAGUCGAACGACCAUUCCUUCAUUAUAAUGAAAAAAUGCAAGAUCAAUUAAAAACUUUUUGUUCAACAGCUGCACUUUUAUCCUUGGCUGUGGACAUUUGGAGCGACAGGAGGUUAAGGUCU